AUGCCAAUCGACUAUUCUAAAUGGGACAAAAUUGAACUUUCUGAUGAUUCUGAUAUCGAGGUUCACCCAAAUGUAGACAAAAAGUCAUUCAUCAAAUGGAAGCAGCAGAGCAUUCAUGAGCAAAGAUUACAAAGAAACCAGGACAUCAAGAAUUUGGAGUUUCAAUUGCAGAUGAAUGAUCGGCUUAAUAGACGUGUCGAUAAGAUGUUGAACACGCUGAGCGAUUCGGAGUUAUUGAAGAUGGACUCCGUCCAGCAGUUCUUAAAUGCCAAUUUCGACAAAACAGAGAGAGGUCAAGGUGACCACGUUGAUCCCGACAUGCCUACAUACAACGAGAUGGUGGAAGAUCUUUUUGAACAAAUGGAACUUAAUGCGAAAAAGGAAGGUAAGGAUCCCAAAGACGGUGCAGUUAUUAGAGAAAUGAUUCUUAGGCACAGGAAGAAGAUUGACCAAGUCAACACACAAGCUACCGACAAGCUGUCGGAAUUGUACCGCUUGAAAAACUCGCUUAUAUCAUCGGAUGAUAUUCACACAGGUUUCGACAAGAGUUUCGUCAAUAAGAUGGCCGAGGGAGAGGAUGCGUCUAAAUUUAUACCUAAACAACCAGCAUCCGAGACAUCACUAAUCGGCUCUCUUUCGCCGCCUCCGAUGGAGUUCAUUGAUUUCAAAGACGAUGCCAUGAAAUUGGCUCCCGAGACCUUGGCUUUUGGCAAGAUCGCGCCCGACAAACUCAAAAAAUCUGAAGAAUUUCUCCUUCAGCAUUUACCUAUCAUAUCCGAACAACAAAAGGACGCUCUUAUGAUGACUGCUUUUGAACAUCAAAUGGAAGGUGAUGAAGUCAAGGCCUAUCAAGCGAUUCAUCAAUCGGAACUUUUGGCUUACAUCAGAGAGCUUUAUGAUAUCAAAAAAAUUCCCUUUCUGAGGGCAGGCGAAAUGACCAAAGUUAUCAAAAUGUUUUUCGAAAGGGUUUUCUUUAAGUCUGCUGACCGCGGAAGGGCCUCUUUUCUUGAAUCGGUUCAGGCGAAGUUUGAUCAUGUAAAGCAGCGCGUGAAAGUUAUGGAGCACGAGUCGCCUCAAGAAGGCGUCGAAACAAUUCAACUUAAGUCCCUUGAUGACUCUACAGAACUGCAUAUCAAUCUACCUGAUUUUAACUCAGAGGCAUCUGAAGAGGUCGCAAGACGUGAAGCUUUCAACAAACUGCCAACUCAAAUGCAGACGGCGGUUCAAUCACAGAGUCUCGAUCAAAUAAAUGAAGUAUUUUCUGAAAUGUCACUUGAGGAAGCUGAGCGUGUAUUGGAUAUUUUCAAUGAGGGAGGUAUCAUUGGCAUAAAUGCCAUACUUGAGGAUGAAAGCGAAUUCAAGGAAUUGCAGGAUCAGUACGAGUCGGAACGCAAUGCGAAUCAGUUGGAGGAGGGUGAAGACGUUGCUCAGGAUGUUUCAAAGCCGCUUGAGGAAGACUUAAAUGAAGGUACCACUAAUACAUCAGACGUGGUGGAUUAG